CUCUGCUUUAGGUUGCUGAGGACUCGCUUGGGCUUGGCGUGGGUGAAAACUUUAACCAAAAUGUCCCGAAUGUCAUCAACUUUCGGAAGACAAAGCGGUCUGAAAUCUUCACAGAAGUCUUUAGGAGGCAAUUAUCUUACUGACGCAGCUCGUACCCGCUCUCCAUCACCUCUAAGAAGAAGUGGAAGCAAUAGCAGCUUAAGAAGAAGCACAGGAAACUUAGCAGCAAGCCUCAACAUGAGUGGAAGAAAAUCUGCAGACCUUCAAAACAUAGAGUCUGAGUACAUCAAGAAUCUCCAGCAGCAGGUCUACUUCCUGGAACUUGAGGCCAAUUAUCUCCGUGAACAGGCAAGAAAAGCGACAGACAUGCAUCCACAAAUGACAGCAGAAGCAGAGAGGAUGCUGGGUAAACUCAGGCAUCUGCAAGAGGAAGUAGACGGAUUGAACAUAGAAAACCGUAGAAAGGAGGGAGACAUUGGAAUGCUAAGUGUUGAGAAAACGAGAGCCUUGGAGACGCUCUCGGCUGAAGAAGCAAAAUUUAACCGUGAGAAAAGACUGCUUAUGGAUGAAAUUGUGCAAUUGAAGAAAGACAAUGAAAUGAUGAGCUUGGAGAACAUACGAAAAGACACCGAGCUUUCUAAUGCACGCUCAGAUGUAGAAUCUACGAGGCAUGCAUUACGGAAUGCAGAGGGGAAGAUCGAUCUUUUGAGAAAUCAGCUUGACCAAAGAAUAGAACAACACAAGAUUACGCAGCUGGCGCUGGAAGAGAAGAGAGCAGAAGUUCUCCGCACAGAAACCAACCUUAGAGAACUGGAGGACAAAUAUUACAGCAGCACAGUGCAACUGAAGGAUAAAGCUAUGCAAGACUUGAGGGAUGAGAUCCGCAUGCUGCGUCAAAAACUGAAGGAAACAGAAAUGAUGGCAGAUCAAGACAGAUUUUUGAAAAAUAAACUCUCUGACGACAGUUCUCACUUGGUGAAAGAAAACGCCUUGAUCAACCAGCAAGUCUUAGAGUUACAGAAACAGUUGGAUAGGGAAAGAGAGCUCCGGGAGGCCACAGACACUCGGAGAUCUGUGAACGCUGUGGAACUUGCUGCCAGUAAAGACAGAGAGAGCAAACUGCAAUUUGAACUGAAUAACACAAAAGAACAACUGAGACAAGAACAGGACAGAGUAAGACACUAUAUGGAUCAGCUCUCAGCUCAGGGCUCUACUUUGACGAGUACAGAAUUAAACGCAUCCUCCACACGCAGUCGUUUGGUAGAACUAGAAAGCGUGCACCGCAGCACGGAAGAUGAGAAUGCACAGCUGCGAAGAGACAAGGCCCUGCUCACGGAUCACACUGCAGACCUGCAAAGACAGCUUCAAGAAAAAGAAGCAGAAAUCCUCCGUCUUCAUGCCAGUGUUACGAGCCUCGGACAGCAGUUGAAUGAACUAGAACACAUCAAGAACAUCGACUCAGCAUAUCAGAGUAGAAAAUGGCAGGAAUUUGAACAACUUGCAGACAGUAUGAGAAACAUGUCACACACGCUGGCGACUGUCACGUCACCACGCAGUGCACGGAGGACGGGUUUGAAGGAAUAUUGAUAGUGAUGUUCGAGGCAAAAUGGGAAAUUUUCAUCAGGGGUGUUUUAAGAAAAAAUUUAUUCAGAAUAAAAAAAUUUGAAAUAGACUUUUAAGAAAAUGAUAUAAAGGGGCCAAUUUGUCUUUGAUUAUUGUUCAGGUUUUAACUAUUUGUUUUACUUUUCAUUGCUGUUGCCCAUCCAUUUUCAAUCAGAAUCCUGCUUUCACAUAAUAUUUUAUUGUUAAUAGCAAAAGUAUACUAAUAAAGAAGGCAAGAUUCUCUUAUAGCAACUGUCAUUCUCCAUACUGAUGUAGUUUUAAUUUUUUUUUUUUACGGAUGUUACAAAGUUAUUUUAUUGUUAUUAUAAUUAUAAACCCACAACUUCUUGGAUCAUUAAAUGACAUGGCCAUACAUGACAAAUAAUAUUUAGGAUAUCUGGUCUCAAAGAGCUUAUUAUAACUUAUUAUUAUAGUAUUAGUGAAUACAAUAUGAAAUUAAUCUAUACCUCAUUUAACAAUUAUCUUUGACUUAUUAUCAAAUUGAUAGUUUUUCCUACUUUUUAUGGAGAAUUAUUGUUAAGAAAAUUUAGGAAAGGUUAUGAAGCAGGUUGUAAAAGUCUGACUUUCAGAUACAUUUUUAUGUAAGUGUGGAUACUGCAUGAAGUGAACAUUAUAACAUGCAUCAGCUCAUUGCCAAAA